AUGCCUGACAUUCGAUCGUUCUUUGCACCCAAGGGUGGCGCCGCGCCCCCCAAAACUGCUCCAAAAAAGGCAGAGGAGCCCCCCAAGAGCAAGCGGACAAAAGGCCGCAAGGUGAUUGAGGAUAGUGAAGAUGAAGAUGAAGUUCCGGCAACCAAAUCAGCCCCCAGACCGGCACCCAAGAAAAAGUCUACGGACGACCAACCAAAGGGCGUUGCAAUUUCCGCCGAUGACUACUUCGCUUCGACGACUGCCAGCAAACCCCAGAAAUCUGCGGCUUCAAAGAAAACCGAAAUCAAAACCGAGGUCCCAGUUCGAUCGAGCCCCCGCAAGCAGGCGACGCCAAAGCAGGCAGCACCCAAGCAAGCUGCCCCUGCCAAAAAUGGAACGACACUGGCAAAACGGAAGGCGACAACCUCAUACGCUCCGGUUGCAGCUGACGACUCAUCCGAUGCAUUCAUGGAUGGUGGAGAUGAGGACGAUGAAGACAUCUUCGCUGCAGACAUAAAGGGACGAAGCAAGCGCAAGAACGACGACUACGCCGAGGAUGAGUCGGAAGAGGACGUACUUCCCAAGCCCAAGCGCGUGGCUGGUCGGGGACGCCUCUCGAGCAGCAAGGACACCGCAGAUGAUGACGUGAAACCUUCUACAACUGCGUCAGCUAGGAAGAAGAGGAAAUCUCCAGUCAAUGACUCGGAAGAAUCUGAAGAAGAAGAAGCACCUCGGAAGAAACCUGCCACAAAACCCCGGGCACCACGAGCAAAGAAGGCCGACGAACCCGAAGAUGCCGAGAUUCAGAAUAUUCUUAACAGCGUUGCCACAGUACGGCCGCCAACGCCUCCGCCAAAGGAUCCAAAUGCCAAGUUCGACUGGAGGAAGGCAGCUGGCGGUGGCAAUGCAUCAGUUCAACCCCAAACCUCGGUUGAACUGCCAGAAGGCGCGGAGGAAUGCCUAAGCGGGCUGACCUUUGUUUUCACGGGUGUUUUGCAAGCAAUCGGUCGUGAAGAGGGCCAAGCUCUUGUGAAGAGAUAUGGCGGAAAAGUCACUGGACAACCCAGCAGCAAGACCAGCUUCGUGGUUCUUGGGGAAGAUGCUGGCCCCAGCAAACUGGCAAAGAUCAAGUCUCACGGGAUCAAGACCAUUGAUGAAAUGGGACUUUUUGAUCUCAUCCGCAAGUUGCCAGCUCAUGGCGGUUCUGGCAAGGGAGCUCAGAAGGCUCAGGAAAAAAAGAAGGCUGAGGAGGAUAAAGUGAAGAAGCAGGUCGCAGAGAUGGAGGCUGAAGAGAAGGCUCGAAGGGUGGAAGCCGAAAAGGCUGCUCGAAAAGCAGCUGCUUCUCGCGGCACUUCAGUUGCGAAAGCGCCCGCAACCCCAGCACAUGUUCAGCUGCUGACCUCUAAAUAUGCACCGACUCAACUCAACCAUAUUUGCGGUAACAAGGGCCAAGUCGAAAAAAUACAGGCGUGGCUCAAGAACUGGCCGAAAGCGAAGAAAUAUGACUUCCAACGACGUGGCGCGGAUGGGAUGGGUGGCGAACGCGCCAUCAUUAUCUCUGGUCCCCCCGGAAUCGGAAAGACAACGGCUGCACAUCUAGCUGCAAAGCUAGAAGGCUAUGAUGUCUUGGAGAGCAAUGCUAGCGAUACCAGAAGCAAGAGACUUGUUGAGGCAGGCGUCAGCGAUGUCAUGAACAAUACGUCGCUUUUGGGAUACUUUGCCGGUGAUGGCAAGUCUGUGGACUCCACCAAGAAAAAGAUUGUCCUUAUUAUGGAUGAGGUUGAUGGUAUGUCUGGCGGAGAUCGUGGAGGUGUCGGUGCUUUGGCAAAGUUCUGCAAGAAAACCGAGGUCCCCUUGAUUCUCAUCUGCAACGAGCGAAAGCUGCCCAAGAUGAAGCCAUUUGAUCAUGUGGCUUUCGACGUCAGAUUCAACCGCCCAACAGUUGAACAAGUCCGAUCCCGCAUCAUGACUAUUUGCCACAGAGAAGGUCUCAAACUCCCUCCCGCCGUGGUCGACGCGCUCAUCGAAGGGAGCAACAAAGACAUUCGCCAAAUCAUCAAUAUGAUCUCGACUGCUAAACUCGACCAAAGCAGCAUGAGCUUUGACCAGGGCAAGGCCAUGUCCAAGGCGUGGGAGAAGCACGUUGUUCUCAAGCCCUGGGAUAUCUGCCAGAAGAUGCUGGGUGGUGGGCUGUUUGCCCCUGCUAGCAAGGCCACGUUGAAUGACAAGAUUGAGCUCUACUUCAACGAUCACGAGUUCAGUUAUCUUAUGAUUCAGGAGAAUUACCUCCGAACGAAGCCUAUGGCUCUGAAUGGAAAGGGAUACACUCAGCGAGAGCAUAAUCUCAAGGCUCUCGAGCUAUUUGACAACGCGGCAGAGAGCAUCAGCGACGGAGAUUUGGUCGACCGUAUGAUACACGGCCCUCAACAGCAAUGGAGCCUCAUGCCGACUCAUGCUGUCUUCAGCACAGUUCGGCCUGCCAGCUUUAUCUCGGGUCAGCUGCUGGGCUCUAACUUUACGUCUUGGCUCGGCAAUAACAGCAAAACUGGAAAGCUCGGCAGAUACAUCCGCGAGAUUCACUCCCAUAUGCGCCUGAGGUCAUCAGGUGAUCACAACGAGAUCCGACAGCAGUACAUGCCCUUGCUGUGGGACCAGACGGUCAACAGACUGCAGAAUGAGGGCAAUGAUUCCGUUGGUGAGGUAAUUGAUCUCAUGGAUAGCUACUUCUUGACCCGAGAGGACUUCGAUGCCAUCCAGGAACUUGGCGUCGGUCCCAUGGACGAGGAGCGUGUGAAGAUCGAGACGAAGACGAAGGCUGCCUUUACACGAACGUAUAACGCGAUGAGCCAUCCGAUUCCUUUCAUGAAGGCUACCAAUGUGGUAGCUCCCAAGGCGGCAAAGAAGGAAGCUCCCGAUCUGGAAGAAGCGAUCGAGGAAGAAGACGACGUUGAUGUUGCUGAAGCCCCAGAGGUUGAUGAAGAAGAACUUGACCUGAAGAAGGACAAGUACAUUAAGCAACCCAAGGCAAAGAAGGCAACAAAGAAGACUACCAAGGCGGCUGCAGCGGGUGAUGACGACGAUGACAAGCCGAAGAAAGGGCGGGCAAAGGCAAAGGCUGUAGGAACCAAAGGGAAAGCAAAGAAGUAG